UAAAAUGAAUAUUUUUCCAACUUAUAUCAUCAUUAUAUUUUAUAUGAUAAUUAUAUAAAACAGUUGAAAUUUAUAAGAUUCUAGAGAUAGAAUAUAAGAUUUGAUUUCAUCUAAAGAAUUUUGUAUUUCAUUUUAAUUUUGUAUUCUAUUAACAGUACAGAAUUUUCAUAAAUUAGCGAAUGAGAUUUAUUCGAUGAUAGAAGGAGAGGGAUAGGUAGAUAGAUAAAGUAAAGACGUGUCUUAAAGACAACAUAUUGGAGAACAAACAGAGAUCAAUAAUAUAUAGAAUCGAAACGGGAAUGUUUUUACAAUUGUCCGAUGUGGUAUAUAAUUGGCGUAAGAAUGAAAUUCAUCAUCAAUGUACGAAGUUUCCAUCCACGAUGAAGAUAUACUUGGCAUAUUUUCUUCUUUGGGGUUUCAUAAGUAACCAGAAGUUGGUUGAGUCUACAGAAGUUGAAUCUUCAUCAGGAACAAUAUUGGUUAAUGGUUCAUCAAAAAGCGUUAGCGAUAACGCGGGUGUCCUUGAAACGAGUUCAUGGUCGUCCGAAAAUGGACAAAAGUCGAUUAGCUCGAAUUCGUCUAACUUGGUAGAGAAAGAAUCAGAAGGGGAGGCUUUAGCGAAGGCUAUAUUGAACAAAUCGGACGAUAAUGUUCCAGAAAGCAACAACGAAGUAUCAUUGGAAGCAGCGGCCAAAGGGAAAGUAGAGGCAGAAUCAAAGGUCCAAGUUGAUGUCAACGAUGACAAAGCGAAUGUCGAAACAAAGUCUACGGUGAAAGUAGAAACCGAAGCUGAUGCACAAGCCGGAGAAGAUACAACUGGAGUCAGGGCCGAAGCGAAAGCUCAAGCUACUCAAGCUAUAGAGGUCGAGGUUGAAGAUAGAAUACGAGCGGAGGUAGCUAAACGAUUGUUAGCUUUGGCUAAGGAAGAAGCCAAGAUUCAAGCUGAUAAAGCAGCCAAAGCAAAUGCCAUUGCUAUUGCAAAAGCUAAAGCUUACGUUAAAGCAUCCUUAGCUGCUGAAAAAGCUGCCGUGGAUGCGGCUGAGAAGACGAAAAUAGCUCUGAAUUUGCAAACUACUGCAGCUAUUAAAGCAACAGCUGCUAAAAUAGCACUCGACGAAGGAGAGGCAGCAUCUUUGCAGGCAGUUGCAUCCGCUGCUGCGGCUGAGGCUUCCCAAAUCCAAGCCUUGACCGCUGCACGAGCUGGUGCUAUAGCACAAAGAAACAGUUUCUUGCAGGCUUUGAUAACUAGCAAAGUUGCUGAGGCAAAUGCGGCUGCAGCAAACGUAGUUCUGGAAAAAGCGGUCGUCCUUAAACAACAAGUCAAGCAAACCACGAACGAUACCGAAGCGGCUACUGUAGCUCAAGCUAAGGCCAAAGAUGAAAUAGACACGGCAGUCUUGAAUCAAAACGAUGCCUCAAAGACAGCUGGCAACACGAACGUCUUGCAACUUGCCGCACUUGCGGAAACCAAUGCAGCGUUUCAGGAUAUUCUUGCGGUCAACAUUCGUUCCACGAGAUUUUUUAACCCUCAAAGAAACUUUUUGAAAUCCCUUGUCUCGAUUGAUGAAGAAGAUUGAUCAAUAUUUCUUUUAAAAUCUUAAAAUAUACGUUCUCUUUUACGUGAGCAUUAUGAAAUCCAAUUGUUAAGAAAAAAGAACUUCUGCGUAUAAUAAAUUGAAAUGACAGUAAA